GGCAGGGAUAGAUUGCAACUUGGCUCAUCGGCUUCCAACAAUUCGGGGUCAAACAAGCCUCUGCAAGAUCCUGCCUGCAUUCUGGUUGAUUUUGCCUUCAGGAACGAAGCUCUGAUUCCGUCAAAUCUUACUGCAGGAAGGAAAAAGAACCUCGGAAUCCAUGAUUUCUUUCUGGUACUUAAAUUUCCCUUUCUGGAAUCUUCUUCUUUCCCAAACGAUAUGCACAGGCUCUUUCGGCUGCAUCUCUGGAAGGACCCGAGCGUUUUCACUAAGGACGUUGUGAUUGUGAUGAACCAAACCUCCGAACCCGCAGAUGUCUCCUUCGUUUAUUCAGGCACCCUCCAAGGAGACGCAGCUUCUUUCUGCCACGGGUCCAUCAUCCACGGUGUCUUUGAGGGAUUCAUCCAGACCCAGAAUGGCACCUAUUACAUGGAAUCUGCUGCUGUGGUCAAAGAGUUUCCCGAGGCCCAUUCCUUCAUCUAUCACCAGAGGGACUUAGAUUAUAAACUUCUCCACGACUCCAAAGCAGCAUCUCUCGCUCAGCAACUGCACCGACAACUGCAAGAUUUCCAACGGCAGCUGACAGCAAAGGCAACCCACACUCAUCGGCCCAGGAGGAGUUUGAAUUAUUCAAAGACUUCCUGUCUGCUUCACCUUCAAGCCGAUUACCUUUUCUACCAAAGGUUUGGUUCUGUGGAAGCCGUAAUCGCCCAGAUUGCCAACUAUGUAAAAGCUGUGAACACCAUUUACGAAGCCGCUGAAUUUAGCCGGAUCGGGACCAUCGAGUUCAAAGUUAAGACGAUCACAAUCGUCCAAGAAGAGGACCCUUCACAGACUCCCUUUCUCAGUCCGGAGAUGUUACUUAUGCUGCACUCCAAAACCAAUCGGAACGGUUACUGCUUAUCUUACCUGCUGACCGACCGGGAUUACAGUGGCGUCCUUGGCAUCGCUUUCAAUGGGCAACCAGACGACUUCGGAGGGAUUUGCUCAAAAUAUCAGCAUUUCCAAGAGAAAGAAGCCUCUCUGAACACGGGGUUGAUCACGCUGCAGAAGUACGGCCAGCUGCUUCCUCCACGGAUGAUCCACAUCACCCUGGCGCAUGAAUUUGGCCACAGCCUGGGCGCGCAUCAUGACCAGAGCAAAGAAUGUUCCCGUUUUGAUCUCAACACCAGCCGGGGCAAAUUCCUGAUGUUCAAUUACGCCACGGAUGGGACCGAAUUCAAUAACGAUAAAUUCUCUCCGUGUAGCAUCGCCUAUAUUUCAAAUAUUCUGGAGCACAAGAAGGAUCAUUGUUUCGCAGAAACCGACCGUCCCAUCUGCGGGAACCAGAUUGUGGAUCCGGAGGAAGAAUGCGAUGUUGGGAGCGACAAUGAGGACGCCUGCUGCUAUGGUGCUGGGGAGCCGAGGGGAAUCCAGUGCAGGUUGAAACCAGGAGCAACGUGCAGCCCCAGUCAAGGAUUCUGUUGUAACCAGAAUUGUGUCCUUAAGCCUCUGGGACAACGGUGUCAGGAAGAGAACGACUGUGCUUUGGAAAGCCUUUGCACGGGAGCGAGCUCCACGUGUCCAGAACCCCUACCGAAAGCCAACUUCACCCCCUGCGGCCUCGGCCUCCGCCUGUGUUUGAACGGGCUCUGCGAAGGGUCCCUCUGCCUCCAGCAUGGGCUGCAGGAAUGCCAGUGUGUCACUAGUCCUCUGCGAGGAAGAUGCCAGCUCUGUUGCCAGCUACCAGGACAAGCUGAAACCUGCGCCAGCACCUCCUCGAAAUUUUGGGACCAUGUCUUCAACGGUUCGGAUCUCCUGCUCCUCCCAGGCUCGCCGUGCGGCGACAAGAACGGCUACUGUGACAAAUUCCACGUCUGCCGUUUCAUAGACGAGGACGGUCCCAUCGCCAGGGUGAAAAACUUCAUCUUGGACUUCAUCAAAAUGGACGACCUGGCCACCUGGAUAGAGACACAUUGGUGUGCGAUCCUUCUGGUGGUUUUAACCUUAGCAGCCAUGAUGGCCGGCACCGUCUUCCUCUUUGGAAGGACAGUCAGCAGUAAAUCAGAUGAACAAUUCACCAGGAUCUUUCACAAGGCAGGAUCUGUGGAACUCCAGGGGAAGAAACAGCACAAUUUCCUUCACUGGGAAAAGGAAGUUUAUAUCAAAAUGCAUCGGAAGAAGCCGCUACCCUCUGCCCCUGUGGAUCUUUGCUAAGCUUUGGGCAAACGGCAUCUGCCAACACACAGUUGUGGCUGUGGUACGGACACCACCAUUCAAGUGCACGCAAAAAAAAUAUUAAAAAAUCAACUAUGAUUUUCUUACUGAUAUGAUCCUUCUAAUUUUCCUUUUUUUAAUCCCUUGCCUUUUUUUGUUCUUUCUCUUUUUUAAAAAAAUGAUUGAUUAAAAAACAAUUGCUUUGGAUGCCUGCUCAUUUCAGGAUUGAAAGAGGCUGAGUUGGUGGGAACAUGAGACAGGGCUCAUCUCUACGGAGACCCCAACUAUUCAAAAUGAUAAAUGAGAGAGAGAGAGAGAGAGAGAGAGAGAGAGAUUAAAUAGAUGAUAGAUGGAUGGAUGGAUAGAGAUAGAGACAGAUAGAUAAAUUAAAUACCGUAUUUUUCGGAGCGUAAGACACACUUUUUUCCUUCCUAAAAGAGGCUGAAAAUUUGGGUGGGUCUUAUACUCCGAAUGUAACCCCGCAGAGUGCCCAAAAUGGCUACCUGGAACAGCUGCUGCCUUCUCUUACCUCUUCCGUGCUUUGCCUGUUUUAGUCACUGGAGCUCCCUCCGAGGAUCAGCUGUGCUUUUGAAACUGUUUUUCAGCCCCAAUGCGAGCAAAGCGAUCUUCCGUGCUUUGCCUGCUUUUCUAAUUGCUGCUCCCCUGACAAAACCAGACCAC